AUGAGUGGCUCUUUCGGAGCCCUGGGGGGGAAGAGUGCGGGGCAGCUCUUCACCCUCAUAAACAAUCCCAUUGCAGGCCUCAUGGUGGGCAUCUUGGCCACGGUUUUGGUGCAAUCCUCCUCCAGCAGCACCAGCAUCGUGGUGGGCCUUGUGGGGGCAGAGAUGUUGACAGUGCACCAAGCCAUUCCCAUCAUCAUGGGGGCGAAUUGCGGCACGUCCGUGACCAAUACCAUCGUCUCCAUGGCCCACGCGGGCGAUCGCCUGGAGUUGGAGCGCGCCUUCUCCGGGGCCACGGUGCAUGACAUGUUCAACAUGCUCACCGUCCUGACCUUGCUUCCCCUGGAGGUGAUCUUUGGUGCCCUCUGCGGUGAGGGACCUUUGUACUGGCUGUCCAAGCUGGUAACCGAGGCGGUGGUGGGUGGAGACUUGGAGUCGGAUCUCACCUUUACCUCGCCCACCAAGGCGAUUGUGAGCCCUCUCACCAAGCUGUUUCUGAGCGAGGAUCAGAACGUGGUGGAGGCUUUGUCCUUUGGACCACCGGUGGAGCACAGGGAAGCCAACUGUUCCGGGCACUGCACGUACUUCUGCGUGUCUGGGGCCAUGAGCGAGGCAUGGCGGAAGGUAGCGGAGGACGGCUACAACACAUUGCCCGCCUGCAGCUUCAUCUCCGAGUGCCGAUCCGACAGCUUCUGCUCGCGCGACGCGGGGGACUUUUACAAGUCGGAGAUCGAGGGCGCAGCCAUCAUCGGCAAAGGCUUCUUGCGAGGGGCCGGCGAUGUGGCUGGCGGCAUUUUGGGGCUGAUGAUUUCGCUGUUGGUGAUGUGUGGCGCGCUGUUCUUCAUGGUGAAGCUACUGCACAGUCUUGUUAUGGGUCAUGCCAGGGAGAUCCUCAUGAAAGGCACUCAGCUGAACGACUACUUGGCGAUGCUGCUGGGCCUGGCUUUGACCUUCAUUGUGCAAUCCAGCUCCGUAGUAACCUCCGCCCUGACCCCUUUAGUCGGCAUCGGUGUGCUACCCGUGGCAAAGAUGCUGCCCAUGACCUUGGGCUCAAACAUCGGCACAACCUUCACGUCCAUGCUCGCUGCGCUGUCGGUCAUGACUGCGGCCAGCAUUCAGAUCGCAUUCUGCCAUCUUUUCUUCAACAUCUUGGGCAUCCUCAUUUGGUUUCCUGCCCCUCCGAUGCGGCGAGUCGUCAUCACCGCCGCCUGCACCCUGGGGUUCUAUGCCUCUUACUGGCGCCUCGUGCCGCUGAUCUACAUCUUGGUCAUGUUUUUGGCACUGCCAGGCGUGGUGCUGGGAAUCUCUUUACUCUUCGAAGUCUCUGUGGUCUUGGGCACUGCCGUGCUGAUUUGCACGCUGCUCGCUCUGGCCGCGCUGGUGGUCUGGUGGAACCGCAUCGGCUGCUACAAGGUGGUUAGCCAGGAAGAGCGCGAGCUUCGCAAGGCUCACCUGGCGGAGGCCCCGUGGUCCUCCUUGGGCCUCACCAGUGACCUCACUGAGAGCCUGAAGCGCUUCACCUCAUUGCAGCCCUGGACCCUGGAUUCGCAGAAGGAGGACUUCGAUGUGGUGUCACGGGAUUGCGGUCUUUACAAGAAUUGCGAGGGCGAAAGGAACCGCAGUAUCCUCUCCUCUCGCCUGCUGGGCCUUCUGGAGGAGCUUUUUGCUGCCCACGACCUCAACAAGAACGGCUUGCUGGAGGAAUUGGAGCUGAUUCAGCUCAACAAGAAGAUUGUGCUGUUGCAUCAUGGGCGCAAUGCUGACAUGGAGGCGGUCAAGGCUAAGUACCAGGACCUUUUCCGGCGGAAGCUGAAUGCGCAGGGCGAUGCCGUGCCAUUCAGUAUCUUCAAAGCUUACAUGAGUCAGGUGUUGGUGGAGGUGGACCCAGACCCAGCUGCCCAGGAGAUGAUGCUUGAGCAGUGGCUCGCUGAAGCUCAAGCAGCGCGGGCAUUGUUUCACAUGCCUUCCAUCACUAGUGUGACUGACCUGCCCUUCCUCUCUACGAUCUCCUUCGACAAGGAUGACUUACCAGCUGCGAGUCGCGCCUCCAUCGACACAGCCUCCACCGCGGCGACUCCGCGCAAGGAGGCGCGAAAUGCCUGGGCCUCAGCGGAAAGCACGCAAGAGGCUCUAAGACAAGGCCAAUGCUUGGGUGCUGCAUUCCGAUUUGUUUGGAGCCGCAAGACAAUUGAGCAAAACAUCGACAAACUUGUUCGGCACGUGGCAAAUAAAUACCAAACGUCCGUGGCUCUCAUCGUUCAGUGAAAAUUUUUGAUCACUGGCUUGGCAUCCGUUCAGCGGAGACCCACUGUGCAAGGGUCAAAACCACAACGAUGCCAAUGAAGUGGAUGGAGACACGUCUGCUUCGUUCGGGUGUUGUUUUGUUCUUUUCUUUUCUUUUCUUUUUUU